AUCCAUUAAGGCUACUAUCUCUUCUGUCGGUUCCAUGUUACCCGCUAAUUCGGAUUCUUCCACCUCCAACCCAUCCACACCCAAUGCGGCUUCCUCACAAGCCUCCAAACCGCCGCAAAAGAAAAAGAAGGCAGCCAGAGCUUGUAUUCAUUGUCAGAAGGCUCAUUUAACAUGCGAUGAUUCUCGUCCUUGUCAGCGAUGCAUCAAACGAGAUCUCGCAUCCACUUGUACCGACGGUGCGAGAAAAAAGGCAAAAUAUUUGCAGGACGCAGAAGAUGCACGGCAAGCGGCUUAUACGACCCCGCCCUCCGCUCAGCCUACGUCGCUAAGUCCUUUUGGUAACACAGCAACGAGCGAAACUCCUUUAAUAGAUCCUCAUUCUUUUAUGAAUUCAGCCGAUAAUAAUACCAACUUGAUCGACACCAAUAGACUGAUGGGGUUGGAAAACUACAAUUACGGAUUUGGAUCGUCUGCCACCAACUUGGAAUAUUCCAUGCUGUCUAGUAUGUUGGGAUCUGAACGACCUUUCCAGUUGGAUGCCACUUCCACAGCGGGGCCUUCGCCGGCAAUAGCUGCGUCGACCCCACCUGCACCCACCAUCUGGUCGUCGGCUCAAAAUAGUACGCCACCUGCCAUGACCGGACUCCCGGACCUGAUGAACCAUGGCGAAAAGACGACCGAUCUGACCACUAACUCGACAUUUCCCGGAAUGAAAGACGCCCUGUUGUAUUCAUCACAGUCGGUGCCGCCUAUUGCUUCUUCCACGCUUGGCACGUCCCAUAUGUCGUCCUCAGGCAUUUCGACCAUGUCGCCUUAUGGGGAUGGAGCUGUGGUCGCCAAGGUAGCAAGUCCUGUCUCCUCGACAUCGGGAGCCGCCGUGAAACGCCGUAACCAGAUCGUCACCCCCGAUAUGGCCUAUGCAAGUGCCAAGAAACCCUUUAGUUACGCAGAAGGGUAUCAUUAUCUGAUCAACUAUGUGCGAGAAAAAAUGAGCCAAGAAGAUCUGAUGCGAAUAAGCCGAGCGCUGGCGCUCUUUCGACCCUCUGUGUUGGCUUCAAUGAUGAAUUUGACCGAGGAUGAUUUGAUUUUUACUGAAAAGUGUCUGCAGCGCACGUUACUGGAAUACGAAAAGUUGAUCAGUUACUCUGGUACGCCAACGGUAGUAUGGCGACGAACGGGUGAGAUUGCAUUGGUCGGGAAGGAAUUCUCGCUUCUCACGCAGUGGUCUCGCGACGCUCUGUUACAGAAAAAGACGUACAUCUAUGAGUUGAUGAGCAAUCCUUCCGCCGUAGAGUAUUGGGAAAAGUAUGCGUUACACGCUUUUGAUAAUACCGAUUCGGCGGUGUACAGUUCUUGUAUUCUGCUUUCUCCGACGAAACGGGUGGUGCCAUGCACUUUUUGUUUUACAAUUAAGCGAGAUAUUUUUGAUUUACCCAGUGUUAUUGUGGGCAACUUCCUGCCCAUUCUAAGCUAAAAGUGACCUACACUAUUACUUUUCCCCCCAUUUUAUCAUUUUAUUCUACAUUGUCAUCUUGCAUGCUUAUUUUCCUGUCGUUCUUUUUUUUUUCCUUCCCUAUUAAUUUUUUUUCCCUUUUUUGUUGAUUUCCACUGCUCACAUCAUAUGUUUUUGUGCAUUUGUUACUUUCCAAAAUAAUACU